GCAGGAGUGGGUCGCUACGCUGUUGUUUUGGCUUGCUCAAACGGAAACAGGAGCUUUAACCGAAAUUAUCGACACACCUUUAAUAUCUGACCCCGAAAACAUCGUGCUAAUGAUGCCUGGACACGCGCUGGAGACUGUGGUCAUCGGUCAGCAGAAAUCGUCCGCUUUUGUUUUGAAGAAGAUCAUGAACAUUCCGCCUCCAAACAUACUGGAGGAUCAAGACGACGAUAUCGAGAAGGAGAAGCAGGCCUCUGCUGGCGAUGGGGCGUCCGCUGGCAGCGGGGCUUCAGGGGGCGUCUCCGCCUCCCUCACGCCCGCCAUCUGGGAGAAAACCAUCCCGUACGACGGCGAGACCUUCCACCUGGAGUACAUGGACCUGGACGAGUUCCUGCUGGAGAACGGCAUCCCCGUCUCACUGGAGGAGGAGCUGAACCGCGGACUGGAGGCCGAGCGGCGGGAUGGCGAAACACAGGCGUCCUCUGAGAACUCAGAGGAGCCCGCAGCCGUCCCGGAGAUGCCUGAACAGAUGCAGACAGAGCAAGACGAGGAUCUGUCUGACAGUCAAACAGCAGAACAGGAGCUGAGCGAGGAGACCACUGCAGAGCCCUCCUCUGUUCCUGAGCGUGCUACACCAUCUCCAGUGUCCCCGGAGGACAUCGAGGUGAACGUGUCCUUCCAGCCGGACCCCACAGACCUGGUGCUGUCCAGCGUUCCCGGAGGAGAGCUCUUCAACCCGCGCAAACACCGCUUCUCCGAGGACGAGCUCAAGCCACAGCCCAUGAUCAAGAAGGCCAAGAAGGUGUUCGUUCCUGAAGACGCCAAGGAUGACAAAUACUGGUCACGGAGGAAGAAGAACAAUGUGGCGGCGAAGCGUUCCCGUGAUGCCCGGCGUCUCAAGGAGAACCAGAUUGCAGUGCGAGCCUCGUUCCUGGAGCGGGAGAACGCAGCGCUUCGCCAGCAGGUGGCAGAGCUGCGCAAAGACUGCGGCCGCUGCCAGAAGAUCAUGGCGCUGUACGAGGCCAAGUACGGCUCGCUGUGAGGGACGCACGCACACACACUCAGAGGCGUGUGGACGAGACCAGGCCGACGGUCCAAAAACACACAGCAACACUGACCACAGCAUGACCUUUGACCCCUCACACCUCAUCCUGACCCCUCCGCGAGGUCGCUGACGGUCGGUCCGGCAGAGUUCAGACUCUUCUCUUCAGCUAGUUUUCAGCGUUUCCUCACACCUCGUUAGCACUCGACACGUUCAUUUCGUUUCCGCACCGGAGGUUUGACGCAGAAAACGCGCGCAUGAGGCUGAAGCGUGGGAGGAACGGCGCGGGUGUUUUUAUUAUCGGCUGCUUUUAGGGGAUCAGGGACUGUUUCCAAUCUUUACUUUGAACUCGAGUGAUUCAUUAUAUGAGUCAGUAAAUUUACAGAUUUUAUUUAUUUCCAGUAUAAUGAAGUCUGCGAUGCGGCUACGUUUACUUCUGGUGGAAAUUAAGUGUAAAGGAUUUUGAUUUCCCUCUAAUUUUGAGUGUUUUUUUUACACUCGAUAAAUGAUUAAUACUUGUGUACCGGAGAUUCAGCACUAAAAAUAAGAGCAGGAGGAAAACGUGAGGCGGACUUGUGAUAGAAAAGGUUUCAUAUGAUAAACUGUUUUGAGUCUGUAGUUUUGAACCCAAGUGAUUGAUUCAGUGCAUCUGAGAUUUUAGCGUGUUUUAUGCCAUAUAAUAAAGUCAGAGAUGUGGCUAGAUCUGCUUGUGGUAGAAAAUAAGUCAAAUGGAGAAUCUGAUGGUGUUUCUGCGAGUCUUUCCGUCUGGUUUUCAGCGUUUCCUCAUUGUUUACUCUCGACACAUUAUUAAUUAUUAAAAAGAUGAGGGGAAAUAAAGCAGAGUUAUGCUCGAGAACAUGUCAGAUGUUUGUAUAAUGAGCUGUUUUAGGGCUUUUAAGGUUUCGAGGGACUGUUAUGAAUCUUUAGUUUUGAACCCAAAUGAUUCAUGUGAAUCAAGGAUUUAAACGCCUUUUAGUUGAUUUUUACAAUAUAAUAAAAUCACUAAAGUUGCUAAA